UUUUUCUUCGCAUGAAUUGUGAUAUAGGCCAAUAUGGCUGCUGCCAGAAGUGCCUCUACGAGAGACCAAUUCUCUCCCAUGGAGGGAAGCAAAUACGAGUCGUAUGUACUACUCGGUUUGGAAGAAGAUAUCGUUGACUUGAAGAAAGAUAAAGUCGAUUUCACCACGAGCUUUAUCGGAGGAUCACCGAUAUGGAUGACGAAAAAUAUUCCUGGAAAGAAGGAUCUGAUCUGCCGGAAAUGUGGUGGGUCUUUGUCUCACGUUCUUCAGAUUUACGCCCCUUUACAGGACUCUGUUUACCACAGAAAUCUCAAUAUUUUCUGCUGCCUCCGAGGAAUCUGUUGGAGGCUCUCUGAAAGUUGGUUGUGUACCAGAACGCAAAUGGCUUGCGAGGGAGCUGAGAUGAUUCCGAGCAAAGCUGAGAAAGCCGACGAUUGGCUCUUGGGAGCGUCAGAUUGGGAUGCAGAAGACGACCACCAUGUCGACAGUCGACGACGCGAACCAGAAGACCCGGAACUCAGCGAACGAAUGACCCGAUUGUCGACUGAGGAUUUCAUCAACUCGAAUGUUUCUGGAGCCAUGGCGCCGAUGAUGAACGCGUCUUCUUGCAUCGACACCGAGGACAACUCACCGGAUGCGCCGAUAACUGUGGACGAUAUUCUGCGACCGGAAACCAACAUCCCGGAAUUGCUCUUUAGCACCGACACCGAAGGUGCUUCUUGUGGCGAGCGAUUCGUGCAGAGACAUUUGUCCGUUAUGGAAGAGCCACUGGCCGGUCCUAAUGAGAAGGUCCCUUCGUUGUCUGCAUCAGCUUCGACUGAUUUUGACAAAAACGACGCCUUGUACGAGAAAUCCGCUCCCGCCCACGGCGACAAGUGGUUUUGGAAAUUCUCUAAACGAUUGGCCCGGUGUCCUUCGCAAAUCAUUCGCUACAACCAAGGCGGCGGCGACGUUCUCUGGACCACAACUCCCGACGAGGGUCUUGGGAAACUCAAGUGCGAGCAUUGUGGGAGUGCGACUCGUUUCGAACUUCAGAUCCUGCCGACGUUUUUCAAUUCCUUGCGGUUGAAGAACCAGGACUGGAUUCCCCCGGAUUACGGCAACUUGGUGGUUUUCACGUGCAAAAAGAGCUGUUGGGAAGACAAUGCGAGGUGUAGGUUUGAAAAAUGUGCUUAUCAAACGGAAUCGUGAUUUACUUGGUCGUAUUUGCGUGAAUAGAAGACGCCCUUUUUUUGUUGAAUCUCGAUUUAAAUUCCCGACAAAGCAUGAGAUAUAUUGGACUCGUGAGGGGUUUUUUCCAAAAUCGUGCACCCUUUCAGAUGAAUUAUGAACCGUGUUUUGUCCAAAAGCUUCGAGACUCGAGCAUAUCAAGUCAUCAGACGUCUGCAAUCGCGAUCUAGUCGGAAAUUUUAUUGAAUCGUAGGGGUGCCUCGGAUUAUCUUGUAAACGGCUUUCCCGUUAUUGGAUCUCCCCUCAAAAGGUUCAAGUCUGUAAGCCGUUUAAUGUUGAACUGUCUAAAUGAUUAAUAGCUUCAAAUCACCGAAUAAACUCUUGCCUUGUAUCACGUUUAUUCGGGAUGGCUACUUUUUAAUUUUUAAAAUCUGAUUUUCUUGAAUAAAUUCUUCAAAAAAUUACUAGAAAAGUUUGUUUUCAACAGAAAAUAGCGAGAAGUGAUCAGGGAAACCCAGGAACGCUCGUUCUCAUGUUUACUAAAUUUUAUGGACUAUUCUGUGCAUUGAUUAAAUUCAUUGCUGAUCUUCUUUCUACUAGGAAUGAAUUCAGCCUCGGAUUUAGAAAUUUAAAUUUGAGAAGGUGACUUGUCACUUCUUGCCAAGGAUUAACAUUGUUGACCGAGGGUUACUUACUCAGUUGAUCAACUUGAUAAUUUAAACUAACCUUCCUUUGCAAGCUGCGAUUUGAAUUCAUUACAUCGUGCUUCAUUCAAAUAGAGAUCAUAGUAGGUGGUCGACCCUUCAAAAUGACUUGGUUUUUUGGAAUGUUGUAAAAGCACAUGCAGUGAAAAGGGCGUUUUAGAUUUGCCAGCGAACAGCUUUACCAGUUUGAGUAGCUGCAAAUUUGUGAUGAGUCGAGUCUUGCAUUCGAGGGCGUCUUAUAUUCGCGUAAAUAUGGCACAUCCGAUCACGGGAUGAUAUUCCCUUUUGUUUCAAUCCACCUUGAAAGUGCACCUGCUUGAGAUUUGUGCAAAUUGUUUCAUUCCGGAGGAGCAGUGCUGGCGACUCGGUAUGAAAUUUAGACACCAGGUUGCUUAGGUUCAAAGAAACACAGGCAUUGAAAGAAUGUUGUGCGGAGGCAAUAUUUGACGGCAGUUCGACGAUUAAAAUGUGAUGCAAGAA